AUGCAUUGGCCGCUGUUCCCCGUCGUUCUGUUAAUUGGGAUAUGGCAUGGCGGAGCAGAGGAGAGGGGGACGGAGAGAGAUGAGAUGUACAUUGGCUCGUCUGCCAGGUGGGACGACGACAGAAGAUCAGAGGAACUACUAAGACGUUUAGUGCCAUCACUGAUAGAGCGAAUGGAUCGCCAGGAGACUAGACUGCAACAGCUAGAGGAAGGUUUGAAGCUUAAAGAUGUUCAAAUAGAUCGGCUGGAGCGAGAACUUCAUGACCUGAAAACAGCGUCAACUCCAAACCGUGUACUAGUGAACAAACAGCAGAUCAAUGCAACCGACCGUAACGCUAUCCAAGAUUUACUUGGAGACAACCCUGGAAUUCCAAACAUAUCUCAACAGGUGCACGAUGGAAAUCCUGUAAAUGAAAUUUCGAAAAAAUCAGUUAGGGUUUCAUCAGUCGACGCCAGUUGGACGCAUGCGUUUAGCGUAUCGUUGAGUAAUACAUUAGUUUCAAGUCCUGGUUCGAUGAUAAUAUUUGAUGAAGUUCAUCUAGACGUAGGCAAUAAUUAUAACAAAGGAGACGGAGUGUACCAGGUUCCGGUCAGCGGGUUGUAUGUGUUCAACUGGAUUAUCGUAGGAAUAAAGACGGAAUGGUUAGUUACAGAACUCGUCAUCAACGGUUCAUCACGUGGUUCAUUGAUGACGUGUGCUGAAUAUGGACACGCGUACGACAGCUCCACGGGUGUGAUUGUCACACCAGUCAAUGCUGGGGACCAUGUUUUAAUUCGAUCGACGAGAGGUGGGACGGUGCGUAGCGUACCCGAUCUUGGCAAGUCGAUGUUUUCGGGUUGGCGUAUAUCCUAG